AUGCGAUCACGCUUCCUUUUCUACUUAGUAGGCCUCUCUUUUUUGUACUUGAAGUCUAAGUGUUCCAAAUUGAGAGAUGGAACACACACGAGUGCUUCAACGGACCUCAGCAAUGUGAAUGAGCCCAAUUCCCUGAAGGAAAGUGAGGCUAUGAAAGAGAGAGUGAAUCGCGGGAACGGAAAUAACUCUCAUUUUGCUGACAACCUGGAACGAAAUAAUCGGCUGAACAAAGGCCCGUACUUUCCCCCCAAGGGAGGACCUUCGCCCACGUCGGCAAUGUCACGGAAAGGGACAUUGGCUAUCGAUUAUAGCUACGCACAUGUUUCUGAUGACGAGGACGAGGAUGAGAAUCUAGUCGAUCCGGGUGAUCCAAAGGCCAAUGAGAACAGUACUUCUCAGACAUCUCCGGUCUUGCACGAUGAAUUCAAUCAUGUAUUCAAUCAAGAAUUGGAUCCCAAAGAACCAAAAGAGGACAUUUCAAAAGAUAUGAACGAUAGAAAUGGGACAGAGUUAACAAAUCAAACUAAUACCAACCCUGAGGCCACACCCAUCCCUAUCGUCCAAUUCACUUCCCCUCCGGCCACAAGAAGGUUCGGCAAAGAUAAUCUAAAGAAUGCUAGGAGAAUCGCACGGAUCUCAACAUUCCAGGGCAACUUGUCUCAAAGGAGACUCCGACCUCGUCAAAAACUAGCUCAAUCACCUCGACGCAGAACUCAAAGGCUCUUAAACAGAGUCUAUUAUGGUUAUGGUCUCCCUCAACUUGUUCCUCUUUCACCUCCCAGACCCAUUGAAUUGUUCCGUCAAAACAGGGUUUCGGUGAACAGAAACCAUUAUGGUUAUGAAGCCAAUUACGGACAACCAUUGACUGCCGCAAAAGUCCGCCAACGGAUCUCGGUUGUUCCGAACAACAUUCCCUUCAUUAAAUUGGAACAAGGGCAAUAUAGAGAUUAUCGACAUGAUUCUCCCCCGAGUGUCGUCAAUCAAAAUUGGAAUCGAUUAGCAUCAGACUAUGCCGCUAAUUACGCGCCGUCAUAUACUCCGGAUUACGCUAAUCCUAGCUUUAAAAACUACGGAGUCGUUCCACUCAAUGGGCCUAAGUCGAACAUUGAUUUGAGGCAACCAGCUCUUCCAAGAAAUGACUUGAACAUUGCCCCAGGAAAACCAGUCCCUGGAACGAAGUCUUUGACACUGAACAGGAACAGUGUUAAUCAACCGGGUUAUGACUACGAGUACAGUAAUAAUUAUGACUACAAUAAACCUCCUGGAUAUGAUUACUCGAACAAGAUGUACUUCAAUCCCAACCAACCAUUACGCCAUUUGUCUGGUCUCGUUCCCAAAACGAGCCCUAGCUCUAUCGAAGAAUGUCAGUGUGGUCUUGGAACACCCUCUCGAAAAGCCCCUCAAGUCAAUCGAAUGUCCACGAACAGCACUGAAAAUAAAGUGGUUAAUGGUUACACUCCCGAGGAAGGACGGCCUUGGAUCGCACUGAUAAAGGUGAAAGGGGGCGGACAGUGCGGAGGAAGUCUCAUUAACCACAAGUACGUUCUCACUGCGGCCCAUUGUUUUUGUUUCUCCAAUGGCCGACACGCGGAUCUUUGCAACCAACCAGACAUAACCACUCCCAAAUUAAUGGAUAUAGUGUCCGUGCAGUUGGGCACAAGGGAUGUGGAAAAGAUCCCAGGCUUUUUUUACCGUGCCAAAGCGGUUCAUAUACAUCCCACUCGAAUCGAAAUGGAAUUACGCAUGAGGGCCAACAGACCUGGACAAUUCUUCCAGCCUUACGCAGGCCCAUAUGAUGUGGCCUUGAUCGAGCUCGAUGGUUUCGUGGAGUUCAAACAUGGCUCGGUUCUGCCCAUUUGCUUGUUUGGCAUUGACCUUGCCGAGUUUGAUUACGGUUACGUGGCAGGUUUUGGAACAACAUCAUUUGCUGACACGUGUUGGACUAGUAAAGAAGGGCCUAACGCUUUUGAAGAAUGUGACAGGAACGACUGUGUUUUUGACCGAGCUCCCCCUGGGACCCAAGGAUGUCAGGAGUUGUUUCAGUCUCAAAACGUUCCCCAAGAGGCGGAACGAAUCUAUCUCAGAAUUGGACAUGUCACAAAUAUUUGCCCUACUUCGAAGGCGAUUGAAAAGAAUGGAUGGUGCCAACUCAAGGACUCGAAUCCGAAUGAGACGGACGAACCUGAAGCAAGUUGGGGAGUGUGUUCCCACCAUUGUCAUACCAACAGCACGAAAUCUGUUCUCCAAGAAACCCGACUCGACCUCCUGGAAGACCACCAAUGCUCCUUAAUGGGCCAAUCCUCGGGAUCUAAGACGGCCGUGGAAAUUUGUGCCGCGGCCAAGAACGUGGAACACGUUCCCUUUGUUCGAUACAGACAAGCUGAGCAGAACUUUCAGAAGGAAGAACAAGGGAACAUGGUUUUGAAAUAUUUCGGGGGCACGGAUGCUUGCCAAGGAGACAGUGGCGGACCAUUGUGGGUGUGGACGAGGAAUGGGAAAAGAUUGGAGCAAGAAACCGAGGGUGGGAACAACAUCAAAGCCUUCCAAGUUGGCAUCGUGAGUCGAGGCGAGGGUUGUGCCUGGAGGAACAAACCCGGGAUAUUCACGAGAAUUUCCAUGUUCAAGGAUUUCAUUCAGUCGAAAAUGGCUCCAGGUGGAUGCCUCAGAUAUAGACUAUGAAUCUUGUAGGUCUUCAUUCCGAGAUCUGAAAAAUAGUGCCAUAAAACCGUGAGAAUACCACAUUA